AUGACCGACUACAACUCGCUCAAGGUCCCCGAGCUGAAGAAGCUUCUCCAGGAGAAGUCGCUUCCUGUGGCCGGCAACAAAGCCGACCUCAUCGCACGCCUCCAGGAGCACGACAAAUCCCAGGCAGAUCCCAGCAAAUCAGCCGCCGCUGAAGAUGAGAUCGAUUGGGACGAUGACGACCCCGCCACUACCACCACAGCGGCCAAGGCUGCCGAGCCUGUCCCGGCCGCUGAGCCUGCACCAGCCCCAGCUGCCGAAGAACCCAAGCCAGAGGCUGCCGCUCCUUCCACAGAUGCGCCAACUGCUGAGCCCGUAGCUGAAGAGGCGACCGAGGAGAAGAAGGAGGAAGAGGAAAAGCCGAAAACAGACUUCUCGGCGCACCUGGCUGCCUCGAGCGCAGAUGAGGAGGCACGAAAGCGUGCCGAGCGAGCAAAGCGCUUUGGCAUCGUGGUGGAUGAGGACGAGGAGCAGAAGAAAAAGGCCGAGCGUGCUAAGAAGUUCGGAGUCGCCGACGACAAUGCCGCCGUGGUGAAGGGUCUCGAUGCCCCACUGCCAGAGCGCCGCGAGCGCAAGCGCGGCAGAGAGGCUGGCGGCGAAGGCGAGCGCGGCGCCAAGAGGCAGAGCACCGACGGGCGACGUGGAGGCCGCGAUGCCGGUGGUCGCAACCGUGGACAAGGCCAGGGUCAGCGCAAUGGCAGAGGAGGCGCCGGCGGCAGACCCGAGGGCAGACAGAACGGCCCAAAGAAGGCCAGUAUCCUGACUGAUCCGACCGAGAAGGCCAAGGCCGAGGCUCGCGCGAAGCGUUUCGGCGGCGCUUAG